AUCAGCUGAUAAUGACAGCGAAUGAAAAUAAACAAAUAGUAAAAACGCAGUUUCAUUGUUGAUGUUAGCAGAAGUACAGAAUGAAGUGAUUUGAACGUUAACAUCGUGAACGAAUUUAGAAUUGAGUAAGGAAAGUUCAGCAAACGACAUUUUGCACAAAAAAAGUUGACAUAUUGUUGCUUUGUUAGACAAUGAGCAAGGAGAGUGUUCCCGAAUUAACGAAAUCAUGGGUUUUUGUGGACCCCACAAGUGGGGUACAAGAAGUUACCGAAAAUGAGCCUCACGAUUCCGACACAGACAGUAUUAGCGUUAUCAGUGAAAGUGGUUGUUCGUACAAGACAGACGACGAGGAAUUCGCCUCAACCUCUUUUGAGGAACCAGAAAUUCCAGUUGGUGAGUCUGAGGAACCCCCCGAUGUGCCCGAUUUGCAUCCACUUGAGUCCCUCGACGAGAAUAAGAGCAUCGAAAAAUUCUUCUAUUUUGCAACAAGCGCCGUUUGCGCUGUUAUCAUAAUCGGGUUCUCAGUUGCCGUGCAACAAUACCUUAACAAUUCUUCGGAUGUUGAUAAUUUUGAGCCGGAUUUCGCGUAUCAAAAUGUCAAAACAGACGCCCCAAAAAAAUACAUCCCCAAGCGGAAAAGUCACUUGAAAUUAGAAGAAUUAGAAAAUAAGUUUGCUAAAUUAGAAGUAGAGAAGCAUGACAAAAUCGCUAGAGACAAUGACCCCCGAGCCGAGGGAAAUCUCAAAUCUAUUUAUAAACUUAACAAAAAUAAAUGUAACAAAGAAAAUUGCGACGCAAUAGAAAAUCGACACGACGAAACGUACGAUAAAAAAAUCAAGGAAUUGAAAGUGAAAGAGGAUUAUCUCAGAGAAAAGGAAAAGUUUCUCAUCGAAAAAGAACAUGAUUUAUUGAAGAAGGAAAUCAAACUUAACAGAGAGAAAGAAAAUUAUGACAAUACUAAAAAAGAGGAAAAUAAACAUGACAAGAAAAGACAUUACGAGGAUGAUGAUAUAAAAAAGUACCGUCCGAAUAAAGAUUGCAAGAAGUCGACUCACAAGAAACAGAAAGUGGAUGAGCAGCACAAAAAACGGAAUAUUUCCGGGCAAUGGUAUAUAAACAUGCACGAGGGAAGGGAUAAUAUGCGACAGAAAAAACGCUCAUUGUUUAAAAAAAAUAAAGCGCAUUGGUACUUCCAGUGGAUGGUGGAUAGAGCAAGACUUCGAGUUAAGUGAGAUUAAAAUCUAUUUUUCUAAAUUGUCACUUUGCAUUUUAUUUUGACAUUUUAUUUGAGUAUUAUUUUUGAAUUGUGAAACUUUUUGAUUAUUUUAAUAAAGACGGACUUAAAAUAU